GGGUUUUUCUCACAGGCUCUAUCCAUUACUCUUCUCAUCAUUGAUCUUAUUGAAUCCGAAUGAUGGGGAUAAAAAAGAUGAAUAAUGAAGUUUCCAUAGCCAAUGGAAGCGCCAGGUUGAAUCACCAUACUCAAGUCAAGAACAAGGAAACGAGGGAUGGGUUGAGGGGAGAGGUCCAAGGGCUCUCAGAGGAACAUUUUGAGUCUAGGAUUAACGUGGAUGUUCAGGAUGUCAACAACGGGCAGAUGGAGGCAAUCCAGGUCCAGGACCGGGACCAAACCUGCCCUGCUCAGAGGAGGUCUAACCAACAGCCUCAAGGGCACUUGGUUCGUUGGGAAAGGUUCCUGCCUUUCAGGUCUCUGAGGGUUCUGCUGGUGGAAAAUGACGAUUCAACUCGUGAUAUUGUCAGUGCACUACUUAGAAAUUGUGGCUAUGAAGUAAAAGAUGUACCAAAUGGUAAACAAGCUUGGAAAGUCUUGGAAGAUAUUACAACUGAUGUUGAUCUUGUUUUGACUGAGGUUGCCACGCCUUGUUUAUCUGGCAUUGGACUUUUAUGCAAGAUUAUGAGCAACAAAACUUUCAAGGAUAUCCCUGUGAUUAUGAUGUCAUCUCAUGAUUCUAGGAGUAUGGUCUUAAAGUGUUUAUCGAAAGGUGCAGUCGACUUCUUGGUGAAGCCUAUUCGAAAGAAUGAGCUUAAAAACCUUUGGCAGCAUGUUUGGAGAAAAUACCACAUCUCUAGUGGUAGUGGGAGUGAAAGUGGCAUAUGGAUUGAAAAACCAAUUAAGUCAAGAACUGUAGAAGAUUCAGACAACAACAAUGGCAGCAAUGAUGAGGAUGACACUGAAAGCAUUGGUCUCGAUUUCAGGGGUGAAAGUGACAGUGGAACUCAGAGCUCUUGGACGAGGGCAGUAGACUUUGAAAGCCCUCGAGCAAUGCCACAACGGGACUGGUUAACUGAUCCUCCAGAUAGCACUUGUACACAGGCUAUUCAUCCAAGAGAAGAACCAUUUGUCAACAACUGGCUGCCUGAGAGUGCAACAAGAACACCUGUUGGACAGGAUGAUGAGCUCGACAAAAAAAUCAUGGGCAAAGACUUGAAGAUCUGCAUAUGUAGCAUCCCGAGUAUGCAGGCUGAAGACCCAUGCGAAAAAGGAUUGUCCAACAAGCCAGAAAAAUCUAUUGAACUAAACACGAUGAAAAAUGAUGAGCAACUCGAGAAAGGAGAGCUGGACCUCAAUAAUGAGGAUCCGAAUGCAGAAAAGAAUCAAGCUGUUCAUCUAAUGGGAGCAUCCACUAAUGGUAUUGAUCCUCACAUCGAAAGUGUAGUCCUUGACAUCUCAAAUGGACUCUACAAUGGCACUUUCAUGAAGGAUAAGGCCAUCCAUGACAAUAAAGAGAGACCUUUCUUUGAGGUCAUCUUAAAGAGGCCAAGAGAUGUCCAAGAUACGGAAAACAGAGCCCAUGAUCGAAAUGUUAUGAGACACUCGGACCUUUCGGCAUUCUCAAGGUACAAUUCUGCUUCAACUGCAAACCAGGCCCCAACGGGGAAUGUAGGCAGCUGUUCUCCUCUUGAUAAUAGUUCAGAUGCUGCAAAAACAGAAUCAGCACCAAAUAUUCAAUCUGACUCAAAUGGCGCACCUCCCAACCAGAGCUCCAAUGGUAGUAGCAACAACAACGACAUGGGAUCCACAACAAAUGAUGUUUUCACCAAACAAGUGUCAUUUGCAGAUAAGCCAACACCCAAGUCAUCAAUCAAAUACCAAACAUCCUCCUCCUCCUUACAACAAGCGCAUAACGGACAAGCUUUUCAGCCUACCAUACAAGGUGCUUCACAGUAUGAUUCAUCGGAUGUCUUGAAAGCACCUGUUGAAGGCAUCGUCAGUAAUCACAAUCUCAACAGGAGUGCCUCGGGAAGCAGCCGCUGGAGCAAUGGGCAUAAGAAGACCUCCACUGCUUCAAAUUCCAGACGGAAGAAAAUGGGAAGCGGAAAAAGGAUACCGGAAAAAAGGGGAACCAACGAGGAGACUGGAUAUGAAAACAUAAGUGGAGAAGAUGAAAAUCGCUUUGCACAAAGAGAAGCUGCUCUAAGAAGAUUCCGCCAGAAGAGGCAAGAGAGAUGCUUUGAGAAAAAGGUUCGAUACCAGAGCAGGAAAAAACUGGCGGAGCAAAGACCGCGUGUUCGGGGACAAUUUAUCCGAAAGGGGAUGCAGGAUAACAAAGGCAAAGGAAUAAGUUAUGAACCUGAUUCAAUCCCUCAAUAGGAUAAUUUACAUUCCUUGAUGAAGGAUUUGGUAUUUGCAGUAAAUAAAAAUAAAAGUAAAAAUAAUAAUAAUAAUUACUACUUAAAGUACACAUGGGAGUGCAUCUGUACUUCUAAGAUUUGUCUAGAAACAUAUUCCUAUGGUUGUGGUAGUACUAAGUAGAAGGUGAUAAAUCCUAUAAAGGAAAGCCUUCUCUAAUAAAUCCUUAAGAAGGGUGUACUAUAUAUAGAUGUGUGUGUGUGUGUGUGUCUACAUAUAUAUAAUUCAAGACUGGAGUAUUUAAUUAGUGGAUGGUUGAAGAAC